GCUUAUAAUCAUGAUAGAUUUCUAACUACCUCAUCGAAGUGGGACAAGACUUGAUCUAAGUUGGUAGUAAUACAUUUUCCACCAAGUAGACUAUUAUGUUGACGCCACGCGCAGCGUUAGCGCUGUGGCUUGCUGGCAGCGUCGAUGCGCACACGAUCGGUGACGUCCUCUUGACCGAAGAGAACUCAGAGGACAAGGCAAAAGUAGCGUCGUCUGAAGAGAACAAGAUCGGAAUCAAGCACAAAUUUAGUGUCCAAUUUGAAGCGACGAACAUCGAUGGGGGUGGAGAUGCAGUUGCUGGGUCAAAGAAGGCGUCGGAUGAUCAUGGGCAAAAAUCAGAGGAGAAGGCAAGAACAUCUGACGGACAGUCAUCAGUGGAUGAUGGAAAAGCGGGAACAAAAUCAUCAGCUGCCGCGAAAGGGGAGGAGAAAUCAAGAACAUCUUCAUCAAGCGGAGAAGUAGCGGAAGGAAGGUUAUCUUCGACACUAGAUGACGGAAACAAACAGGCAGGAACAAAAUCAUCAGCUUCAGCAGAGUCAUCGAAGUCUUCACCUUCAUCAUCAUCAGCAGCAGAAAAGCCAUCAUCAUCUUCUUCAACAUCCAAGGUUGUGGCGAGUGAGGCGAUCAGGAAGCAUUUGGCUGCUCACGACAACAAGCUGCAAGGGGCGACGAGAGAUGACAUCGCCGCUGCAGUGCAUAAAAGAUCUGCACAUAAAAAAAGGUCCUCGGAGGCGAAGAAACAUGAGCAGAUGGAUGAUGUCUCGAAGCCGACCAGUGGGUAUGAGUCAUCGACAGCAGAUGAUCAACAGAAAGCAGCAUCAACCGAGAACGGCGUCAAACAGGACACUGCGGGUGCCAAGGCAGAGAAAUUAUGAAACGAGAACGAUGAUGAUUCUUUUCUGUUUAGAUAGUCUUAUCAGCAAUCAUUUGGGAUGCACUGAUGAUGAUCUUAUUCAGCACCUUGACCUUCAUUUCUAACGACAUCUGGCGAACCCACGGUGGUAAAUCCGGCGAACGUGAUCAGUUUAAACUUAGAGGGCAGUGGCUCAGUUGCGGAGAAGAAGGAACAGGGCGAAAAGGCGAGAAAGGCAGACGAGAUGAAGCUGGAAAGCGAAAAAAUAGAUUAAGACGAUGCUCUUCGCCGAAGUCUAAUUAUUGGAAUUUGCUUGCUACAAGCAUUGCGACAAGCCCAAUCAUGGAGAGACUUUCAUUUCCUAAGAAUUCUGCAGUGCAGUAGUUCUUCUGAGUUUACAUUUACUUUUCUUCGACAUGAAAACAGGCUCACUUUGUACAUCGAACAUUUCCACCACCUCUAAACAAAAGCAGAGCAAAAAGUCGAGAGCGGCGCUCAGAUGAAGGCAGAGAGGAAGGCGGGUCGUGCGAGGAUGGAAGCAGCUGGCCUAAAAGUUGCCCAAGAAAGAGAAGCUGAAGAGCUUAGUGGGCUCUCAGAGGAAGACCUAAAGUUGGAGAUGGACGACGAGGACGAGGAUGAGGUUAUGAAGAGUAAUAUUUUCGACACUUCUACUACAAUCACUUGGGUUAUUAAUAUGAUUGAAGGGUGUGACUGUGAAGAGUAAAAUAUUUUUCGUUGUACCACUUACUAUAUAGCACUACUAGAUACAACUUGCCACGAGUCCGCUUUUCAACCCACUAAUACUAAAGAGAACGAGAAGUUCAUCAUCAUCAUCAUCUCCUCGCGUCCUUUCCCACUUCAUAAAGAACGAAUUUAGCAAGGAGCAAGAUGAGGAGGACGAGGAGGACGACAUCGAUGCGGAAAAUCUAGAGAUUACGCCUGCCGAAGCAGAGCUGCUAGAGCAGAAGGAAGAGGCUAAUCGGAUAGCAAGUUACGUCUAGAUGAGUGUGAGAAUUCAAUCAGGUCGACCACAGCAAUUUAAUCAGAUCAUUGCAGGCCCUUUAUAGAUUUUUAGAAUGCUAGGGCUAUCAUAGAAUUUUUGUCACUCUGAUAGCCGUUCUCGGUUUUACUUCUUUCAUUUCUGAGAAGCAGCAGAGAAAAAGGCUGGUGGUAGUGGUGGCAAGAAAUCAAAGUCGUCAAAAAAAUCCAAGGCCUCCUCAACGAAUAAGGAAAAGGGGGACGAGGAUGCAACACGGCACAGUGUGGGAGAAAAAACAGACGACGAUACGGGAAAGCCAGUGAAAAAGCAUGUAGCAACUUUAAGGGAGCUUACGACUUACUUAAAUGAGUGGUUUGUUUCCGCAGGGCAUUUCUCCCUAGGUACUAAGUACUGCUUCGAGGCUGAUCAUGAGAAAAACCAUUGAAAUGAAUCAUCGAAGAUAUUAGACUCACUAUGAAUAUGACUAUGUUGCUCUAAUCCCUCGUCGAUAGAGCCAUUAUGACUAUGUUGCUCUAAUCCCUGACGAUGCAGCAGAUGGGGAGCCGGAAAGUGGUGACAACAAGGCAGUCACCGAAGACGCUCGUGCUGCUACGAAAAGGAAGUCGAAGAAACCAAAAGGCCAGUACAGAGUGGCCGUACACGACGAUGAGGAUGAAGAAGGAGAAAAUGCACCUAAGGAGGUGAACCUGCAAGAAAGGCUGCGUGAAGGCUUGACGGGUCUGUCGAAUGAAGAACGGAUCUUAUGGCUUCUUCGAAUGAUCUUCGCAGUUAUCACCGUGUGCGGCAUAAUGAUCCUCUUCUCAGUUCUCACCGUGUGUGGUAGCCCCGCCAAGGCAUCCUAGCCUGUCCCAUGUGCCAUUUUCAGAGGCGUCUUCAUCUACUUCAGAAGUACAUCUCGGACGAGCGCUCUCUUGUUGAGGUUAAGGAGCGAAAUCUUGAUGAGUUCUAAGGAUCAAAAUGAUGAAGGGCCGUGAACACGCGAUGUUGCAAGAGAUGGCUGAUCCGGCACAUGAUGAGGAGACCGCACAAGAAAGAAAGCUUCGACGAGCCAGGGAGCACUACGGUACUGGACUCUAAGAUGUAGAUGAUCUACUGGAUGUUACGUAGAAGUACAACUACACAAGACUGAAAGAUAGUUAGUUGUGCAACUUCUAAGAAUGAACAUGGCAAGGUGCUUACUUCACGUAUGAACAGCAACAAGAAACUGAGUCUUGUACGUACAGCAACAAGAUUGAGCAUAACCCACUUAAUAUACCGCAUGACUGGGUACACUACUCAUCCACACAUCAGCAAUUGGUAGCGCGAAAUUCGGUUUGCAUACUGACCUCGAUGAGAACGAUCAUGAGGUUCUCCGAGUAAAAGCAGAGACUCACAUAGAGAACAAGGAGAGACGGACUAAGCUUAAGGCAGGUACUAUAUGAAAGAGAGGUCGCCAAAACAAUUUAGAUAAAAAGUGAGGAUGCUGCAUGGAAUAAUUCGUGUAUAUCCAAGUAGAGCAUCAACAACGUCAUUGGUAGAGAAUCUCCGUACUAGGCGUCAUUGGUCUAUUUGGUAGAGGAUCUCUGUACUACCUAGUUGUUUAUAUGCUUCUGUAGAGAAGGGGGGACCCUGCAUUUGGAGCUGCGCCUUCUAAAAAGCACGUUCAAGACGUCAUGAAACUGUCACCAGAGGAGAGGGAGAAGAAGGCCCGCACGGGAGUGCUUGUCCGAUUGCCUGAGCUCUCAACUCAACAUUAUGAUGAACAAGCAUAGAAGAGAAAGAAAUCAUCUAUACAACAUGAAAUAUGUUGUAGAGAUCCAAAACCAACCGGUUAGUUUUUACCUCUAAAACUUAGGCUUAUCCCAUGCAGCAAUAUUUAUAAUAUGUUGUAUCUCUAACUUCCUAUCCUAUCCUCCCUGCAUAACAGAAAUCUGCACCUUCUAAGAAAGUGUUAGGCCUGUUGUAUCUCUAACUUCCUAUCCUAUCCUGCCUUCAUAACAGAAAUCUGUACCUUCUAAGUGUUAGGCCUGAUCUUAGACGACCACCACGCUUACACGAGAGACGAACACGAUAUGCUGUGGGAGCAGUACAGGGAUGAGGUGCACGCUCAUCAGCAGAAAGAACACGAGCACCGAGAGAAGCAAUUUCUGGAGACUGGGAAAGAAAUAUGAAGCGGCGGGAAUUAUAGAAAGAUAGCACAUUGCGUCGUAGGACAAUUCCGAACCGACUAACAUCAUCAUCAGCACAUUGCAUCCCACAAAGCAGAUGGUGCUAAUGGCUGACCAUGUAGGUACACGACACGAACUACAAGUAGUUUGGCAGUAAACCUAAACGCUUGAUGUGGAAUUCAGUUUCAGACUUCUCAUUCUCUCCUCUCAUCCUCCUUUCAUUUUCUAUCCGCCACGAGCACGGCGUGACGUAUUUGGUGCAGAAAUACAUGGACGGGAAGGAGCGGUGGAAGAAGGCGCAAGAGCGACUCCAUCAAAAGCGAUAUGCCAAACCAAAGAAAGUUAAGAUGCGCCACCAGUCUGGGUAAUGAUCACCGGUGUUGGAGUAAGUAGGCGGCUGUAGUUUAGUAUUUAGCCUGUUGUAUGUAGUCGUCGCAGGUCUACAUAGAAUUUAAAUCGGCUUCUAAUUCUUAGUCCGGUACACUACAACAACUACCUCGUAGUCGGGUACACUAUAACAAUACUCUCCCUUUCCUCUAAGAGAAAGUCUUGGGCAGAGCGUUACGCUAAGAGGAAGGCAGCAGAAGCUGCUGAGAGAAAAGCCAAGGGGUUGCCGGAGGAGGAGGACGAAGAAGAGGAAGUAGAUGUAUCUCUAUUUAAGGCUACCUCCGUUGAACCAUCCUCAGCACCAUCCCUGGCUCUUUUUUUCUUGAAAAUGAAGCCAAGGAUGCGCCCACAGAUGCCGACGCAGUAGCUCUAAUCUAUCGGCUGCUGAUCAUCAAAAGAAGUCCUCAUCUUCUUCGAGUAGUUCUAGUGGUGGUAGUGAAAAGGAAAAGGACAAGAAAACUACAGCAGAAGAAGAAAACGAUGAGCUAGACGCCCUAGAUGACGGGGGGGAUCAGGAUGACGAUUUGGACGACCUGGAUGAAGAUAACGAUAACAUCAAGAACAACGCCAAGAAAAAAGACACAGGUGGUCGCCCUAAGGGUUCUUUAAAGAAAAAAGACAAAGCUAGCACUUCUUCUAACAAGGACGUUGCAACAUCAUCGGCAUCCACAUCGCCCCACCAGAACAAGAAGAAAGCUAGUACUCCAAGAAAGGAUGAAGAAGAAGAUGACGACCUUGAUGAACUCGAUGCCGACGACGAGGAAGACAGGCGCCUUGCACAGGAGAAGAUGGAGGAGAAAAAAAAGGAGGUUCAAGCAGUGAAAAGGGAUGCGAAGCUGCAAGGCACGAGACUGACGAAGGAGGAAAGGAAGGCACUAGACGCCAGAGAGCGAGAACUAGAGGCAGAGGGAGAGGAAAUAAAUCGAGAUCUGAUCAACAUGCAAGAGAGCAACGAGAACGACGACCUCAAGGCAGGAAGAGGAAAGGAGCGGCACAAAGAUUCUCAGAGAGUUAAGACUGUCAAUGUCUCAUGUGUAACUACGAUAGCAUGUUUGUGACUUGUCCUUCAUUCUCUAGUAGGUCAUCCGUCUCGCAUAACAGUUGAGAAGAGCAGCAUUGCUUUUAUCCUACUAGCUACGGACGUAAAAUUUCGAUUUCAAUUCACUCUACCCUUGUGCGUGUCUUUCCCACCUCGGUCCUCUAACACGAGUAAGAAGAAAGCAGACGUUGGGGCUGUAUCUCUCGCUACCGUUGAAGAUCACGACGAGCAGUUUUCUGGCAACGUGGAGGUGCCAACUGUAAUAUUGCUAGUAUCCAUACUAGAUUUAGUUUUGCGUGUCGUGAUGACAAUGACAAAAUAGAGAGUUAGAAGAUCAUUUCGACAAAAUACAACACAUACCAUGGAAAUUAUUACAAACGCUUUCGCCACUACCUUCUUCCACUAGGUCGGUACUAUUCGCCGCUCGAAGAGGGGUCUGAAGGGAUUGCGGUCACGGCCUCCGGUUUUCGUACAGACUGGGGCAUCCGAUCACAGAAACGACGUCCGGGAUCAUGAUCUUCUAGUAACCGAGGUGGGCGAAAACGUAGAUGCUACUGCGGAGGAGACUUCUAGUACUGAGUCAGACGAUGAUGGUAGGACUAGCGCAGAAGAGCAGUCAUCUUCAGGUAGUUCAGAGACUAGUAGCACGAAAACUAUCGACGGAGAGAUCAGGAAGACGGUGCGUGCAAUGCGAAGGGGUGCUGCUCGUUCUGGAGCGACUACAGAAGCACUUGCGUCCUCUCUGACGAGUGAAGGGGGUCUCAGUCGCGUCGUUGCUCCAUCGUUUACCGACGAUGCGUCAUCGGUCGAAAAUGAGGACCAUAUGACCCACCUGCAGUUCCGAGUGGCCCCUAGAGGUGAAGAGCUCCGACGAGGUCCUACCACUACUCCUACUUCCUCUUCCAAUGAACAAAAAGAGGCCACAGUGUCCUCCUCUCUCAUCAAAGAAGAACAGUCCUCGGAGAAGAAAGCAGAGGUGGAACAUCAUCGAAUAGAGAACAAAGAGGACCAGCAUCAAGGGACUCUUCAUCUGCAUGGCCAUUUCUACGGACCAGAGGGCGGUCACGAAAUCCGACAUGCCUUCCGCCCGAGCGGUCAGGUAUUCUUAGAAUUAGAGGAUACCAUACUCCGCUUCUCCUUCUGUAUUAUCAGCAACCGCUAUAUACUCUUUCAUGAUUAUCUGAUAGAGAUAGAAAAGCCCCUACUUGUAGACUUUUUGCUACUUGAUGCGAGUAAAAGUAAGUAUGAUCAUAUUUCGAUUUGUCUCAGAAUGGAGGAAGAUAAUUGUCUCAUAAUGGGUCCUUCCUUCAUAUUGAUAUUGAUCAUUCUGUCUAUUCGCAACAUAUUCAUCUAUUACCCGAUGAUCCCAGGGCGUCGGAGGUCCGGAUAUCUCACUGAUCAAUAAAGCGAUGUCUACAACGUCUGGGGAGAAGUCUGAGGCGAGUGCAGAGGACACGUCAGCCAGCAGCUCCUCCUCCGAAGCCUCUAACUCGGAGAAGAUAUUAGCAGCUGGACAACAGACACCACAGUUAUGUUCUUUUGCUUUUAAUCAGAAAAUGCGCCUCAACAUCCAUCGAUCAUCUUCUCUCUUCUGGUAAUAUCCUUGAGUGUAAUAUCCUUGAGUCGGUCCACACAUAGUUUUUUUUUUGAGGUACUUACAAGGGACACAAGGCUACCGAAAUCAAGAUGCCGCCGGUAUUAAUGCAAGCAUACAUCUCUAACCCAAGGAUCGCCAGGAGCGGCGGUCGUGAUGACAAGUAACUGGUACCCUGGAGACCAGGCGGCAAAAGGCAGUGUCUUCUGCCAGGGCGUGCUCACAAAAAACAGCUUCCAUUAUGGCUUUUCUUAAAGUUAAAUGUACCGAUAAUUUUCCAUCUUGAGAAGCUGCAUUUUAAUACAAGGUCGCGACUUUUCUUGAAGAGGGCACACCUGUACUAGAGGGAAAAGCAGCCGCUCUAUGUAUUCUCCAAGAUAUGCUAUUCCGGAUGGACCAUCUGUCUACUUCGUGAGCUCUAACAGUCACAGACGGUCUGGGUCAACCGAACUGAGGAGCUGUGCGUGGGUGCCAUGCGAUACAACAACGGACCAAGGGCUUGCGAGUAGAUAUCUUUUAUCCCUAGAUGAACACUUUGGAGUUUGUAAUGAUGGUGAAUGACGGUGAAAGCGAUGGGCGGGGUUCGCGGUGCAAUGAGUGCGCGGCAGGACUACGAUAACCCACGAAGGGCCUCGACUUUGGAAGGACCCCCCUACAAGCAAGCGACACCGCGCCACAUGUUAAUUGGCGCAGCCUUCGACCCUUGUUGAAAUUUCACAAGCCACACAGACUGCGCCAUCUUUCAAGCGCCGCGCCGACUAGGCGUCUCCCAAAAAUUCCUGGGGAGCCCGUGGGGAUCGGUGUGGUGCUAAUAGGCCAGCGAGCAUCCUGCUGAGGGAGUGCCCGCGCUGUGGGCGAAGCUCGUGGUGGGGUGUGUGCUGCAAAGCGUCCGCGUGAUCAAGGGGGGAGACGCGCCUGUGUGACGCAGCUGGAGGCUGCAAGGGUUGCGGCGAACAACAGGAAAGGCACAGCACGCAAGGCUCGGCCGCUUGCGUGUCCUAUUGCGGGCCGCCUUGGUCUUGGUGUCAUGGCGCAGCUCGCAGCCUGCCAGGGGACGCGUGCUGCCUGGCAGACUGGGGGCUGCCGUGUGCAGCUUGGCGGGGGGAUCUGCGUCGGGGUGAAGCUGGUGGGGAUAUGCAUGGAACUGGAGGCGCCAGGAUUUUGGGCAGAACGAUGUCGGCUGGCGGUGUUGUUGUUGUAGCAUCUUUGUCUUUCGGUGGAUCGGCUCUGUUUGAUGGGAAAGAACCGAAUCGGGAAGAGGGGGCGGAGGGGUGGCAAAGGAUGUGGGCUCGCCUCCUCCCCCACCCCUUCCACCUUUGGAGCCGGAGGCUGAAACAUUGACGCCAGAGGCUGAGGAGUGAGGAGUGAUGACACCAGACGCGCGCGCAACUCCGUCCAGGGCAGUGCGCUGCCAGCUUAUCUACGUCUGCCGGGGGUGUCUCCGCUGUCGGGCCCGUGGAGGCUGCCCAAGUUUGUCGGAGGGAGUGGCGGAGCCAGUGCGUUGGAAUCUGUCGGAAGAGGUCGCAUCCGUGUGGGGCAGGAUGUUGCUUGGCACAUGGGCUUGAACGGAGGCGGACUGCUGAAGGCAAGGAGGCGCCCCGCGCUCGUCUGGCUGUGUAGCUGUAGGCUGAUGGGGUGCGGGCCGGUUUUCGCGCCGUCCUGGGUCUAAUGCUCUACCGCUUGUGCCAGCCAUCGGCUGGCCUGGCCGUUCUAUCUGGUGAAGGGCGCCGGGCUCACGCGUGGCGCGGGCGCUUACAGCUGGCGCACCUGGCUAGCUAGUGGGGCUGGCAUUGGCAGGCAUGUGGAAGAAGUUGGCCAAACGCUGCACGGAGGCAACAGAGCACGCGCCCACGCGUGAGCCUGUUGGGCAGGUCAUUGCCUGGAAUGGGUCGGCCGGCAGAAUGACGGCGGAGGUGCUCCUUCGUUUUGGGGUCUUGGCUUAUGUGUCGUCGCUGCGAUAACUAUCACACGCGGCGCAGAGGCUUGGCCACUUCUGUACUGAAGUGGGUGAGUGCGCUAGUCAGGUAAGGGGGGCCGCUCAUGAUCAUGGGGGAGCCGUCAGCCGCUUGGUGAAAGAUGGAAGCAGCCUGGCCUUGUGGUAAAGGUGGGCCUGGGCUUGCUUAUGGCCUACAUUGGUCGGCGUGGAGACUGAGCGCGUAGGACUAUCCUGGAGAAACUCUACGCAACUGGACACGAGACGCCGGCGAUGAACGUGACAGCGGCGGCCCAGUUCGGGGAGCUUGCUACCAUGAAGCUAGGCCUGAGCCUUGUAUGUAGGCGCGUCCUCUCAGCUCUGCAACGGAGUGCCGCCCAUCAUGACACGACUAGAGGCGAUAGGAAUUGGCGAGCAAGUUCGGCACGGUAUCAGGCGGAAGGACUGGGUGAGGAGGCUCAUGGGCCCACACAUGCCCAGGCUCGUCCUCGUUGCUUUCCACUCGUUUCUGCAAGUAGAUGCGGACGCAACCAAAGCAAGCGGAGCAAAGCAAUGGCGGCCCCAAACCAAAAAGCGAAACACUGCGCAGCAGGGUACUGGAUGCGCGCCGCCGGGUGGUGGGCAAAAUGGCCGCGCUUUCAAUAGCUUAGCGAGCUGACGCCGUCAGCGCCGUGCAGAAGUCAUGGCAUUUUCGGGCUACGUGCGUGAGCUGAAGUCGCUGCGUCGGCAGGAGGCGCUGGGCUCUUUUCGUAUUUUCUGAAGGGCCCUCACGUUCUCAGUUACACCGAGCGCCGCCGCUCUAUUCGGGGCCUGGUGCCUUAGGAGGAACCGCGACGCGCCUGCAUUUUUUCGCUCCUCGCGUUCGGCGUCAAGUUUCUAAAGACAAGGGACGCCACGCGCUGGCGGCUUUGUUCAAUGGCUUGGCGCUUUUGCUCUUUGAUUAACUCGAAUUUAAUUAGUCCAAGUAAUUAGCUAGAGUGGUGACCAAGCAGAAAGCUGUGACGACGUUAGUUACAACAAAAGUGGGCGGGAUUGGGGGGGGAAACACAUCGCCAGCAGCAGGGGCCAGACGUGAAGCAACUGGCUCAAAAAAGUCGAAGAAGGAGCGCAACAGCGUCCGGAGCUUGUUGGAAAGAGGAACCAAGCCAGAGCGGCAGGGACGGGGGCCACUUCCAAGCAACGCCCCGCAAGUUGGGGCAUCUCUGUAGCGCUAUCCCCUCUGGAAGCUUGUUAGUGCCGAAAGAAUCAGCGAAGUGGCUACCAAGUUGCAAGCGUCUGCCACUCGCUCCAAAGAACUGCGGCAAAGGACUUAGCCCGACCGCCAGCCGCCUGACCAUGCACUUGCGUCAUUCACAUCGGCGGCGCUCGAAGCCGUUGACCCACUCCCACGACGGCCCUGAGGGCUGCCUGGUUAGUUUGGACAUGCCACGGCUCGCAGUCGUCGACGUUGUAACAUAACUGGGAGGGCCCGCCCCGAUGCUGGUCUGAUGAUUUUGCUCGCACGUGAUUAGCGCCCUCGGGGCGCUUCUUGCUCUCACUCGGGCUGAAACUUGCGCCAGGCGGGUGCCACAACUGACCCCACACUUGCCGCGGUGGAUUUUUAUCGGGUAGGCGCACAUAGCGGCAGGUGACGCGGGGACGUUGGUUCUGGUUUCUCACGGGGGGGAUGUGCGCAGGGCUUGCCUCUUUCUUUCUUGCUUGAUCAAUCACGCCGAAACAGACCAUCUCUAGCUCGGCACUUUUGGCAUCUCCGCUUUGCUUGAAUUGAGCUCGAGGACAUUUAUGCCCCUGAAGAUCAACGUGAACGCACUUUACGUUUACUUUUUUGAACGUGAGGGCAUUCUUGUAUGAAUGUAAGUGUAACGAAUGGCUUGAUCAUCAGGUACGACCCUGUAUCGUCAAUCUGUCGACCGAUUUUAGACGCUUGCUAUGCAAGUCAGGCCACCUACGCUUGCGAAGCCUGGGCGCACUGCCAGAAGAACGCCAUUGGUGGAUGCACGCCUGUGCUGGAGCCAGGUCUCAUCCAAAAAAUGGAAGAGACGGCGGUCGCAUACAGUCAAGUAGGAACAGCCCUCGGGGAUACCCUAGACGCAAUCAGAGAGGCCAUGGCAUCGAGUCAAGGCGUCGGCGCACAGGUGCCACGUUAGCUGCAGACGAGUAUUUGUGGGGGAAAUUGUACUUAAGUUAGAACACAGUAAAAGUACUUUUCAGAUAGAAACACGUUGAUGUGAGAUUGUAGCUGAAGGUCGUUUGGCUAUGUAUUAGGAGGUGACAGUAAAGGUCAUUUUUCAGUUUAUACUAAAUUUUUUUGUCGUUGUUUUCUUGAGAGACUGAGCAAGAGCACUAUAGAUACGAAUGAAACAUUUUGAAUUGAGCAGAACAAAGAGCAUGCUGGAACUUGAGUAUCGAAUAUGAGGAAACUACAACUUGUAUCAGAAACCAUGUUGAAAGCUCGAGAAGUUUAUUUAGAAGUGAUAGUGAACUGACAAGCGAACGACUUAAAAGUGUCUUAGAAUUAUACGUCUGCACGCAGCAGCCACCCAGGCUACUAGUGACGUUGUAUCAUCGGCUUGCAUGAUGAAAACUUGUUGUACAUAAAAUAUCAAAUACAUCCUCAUAAUUUAUUGUACAUAAAAUACGGACAUUCUCGACUCGUAAAUGGUCAAGGUCAUUCCCGAUUCCAAGAAACUGUUGUUCCACACAACCUGAAUUGCGGGCUCAAUAAGAUUAAACAUUUGAAUUUUGCCGAAGCCUUUGACCCAAGGUCAAAGCCCUCGCUCUCGAUGCACGUGUCAACAUGACUCAUUUAUGAUUGUGGUGUGUUGAAGUGUAUGUCAUACAACUACUCAACAAGUAGGUGUAGGUGAUGGAACAAACAUAGCUUUACGCGUGCCCGCGCUGAAGCGUUCGUGACAGACAAGUCCCCUAUCGAGACCCGAGACGCAAUCUGCUCAUGAAGAACGCCACGACAACUGGUUACGAUAUCAUCUGGGCGCGACCCCUUUUCAUUAUGAUCAAGUUGUGCUGGUACAGCCUCUUCAGAAGCUGAUGAAUACAUCUUCGUCCCAGAGAGGACACAGAGCACACGCUCCUCUUACGAAGAC